GAUGCCGGCAGGAGAAACCUCCCCAACCCUUCACCGACCGUCAUUAGUGUGAGCCGCGGGCUGGCUGGGCUGGGUGUGCGUUGAUUCCCGCGAAGCGCCGAUUGCUGGGUGGAUUUUUUUUUUCUCUGCGGCCGUCGGAGGGACGCUGAGAUGCGCUUUAUGAGCGGAUUGCCGCCUGCCGUGUGGACGCCCUCUGAAAUGCUGUUUAAUCCCCAAGCAGGCCGCCUCUGCUCCACGGCGACCGGUGACAGAGGGGGAAACGGGGCUUUUUGCACCGGACGCUUCUGAGAUGAGGGACAAGAAGAGGAAGAAGAAAAAAAUAGCUGUUUGGUUUUAGGUGGGGAUCACGGCACGCCGAGAUGGAGUCGAGUUAUUAUUUGUAGUUUUUUUAUUAUUAUUAUUAUUACGCUUAUCACUGUUUGGCUGUGUCGGUCUGGGCGGCAGGGAUGAUUUGAUGAGGGGAAACGCUCCGCCUCGGCUGCACUCAUGGCAAACGCAAGCGGGUUGGGGGAGAGCAGCGCGUCCUUCCACAGCUAUGCGUCCACGGCCUCUGCGGUCAAGCUGGCGUCCCUGGGGCUCAUCACGGGCAUGAGCCUGCUGGGGAACGCGUCGCUGUCGCUGCUGCUGCUCAGGGACCGCUCGCUGCACAAGGCGCCCUACUACUUCCUGCUGGACCUGUGCCUGGCCGACGUGCUGCGCUCGGCCGUCUGCUUCCCCUUCGUGAUGGCCUCGAUCGGCGCCGGCUCCGCCUGGCCGUACGGCGCGCUCAGCUGCAAGAUCGUCGCCUUCAUGUCGGUGCUCUUCUGCUUCCACGUCGCCUUCCUGCUCUUCUGCGUCAGCGUCACCCGCUACAUGGCCAUCGCGCACCACCGCUUCUACUCCAAGCGCAUGAACCUGUGCACCUGCGUGGCGGUCAUCUGCAUGGUGUGGACCCUCUCCGCGGCCAUGGCCUUCCCGCCCGUGUUCGACGUGGGCACCUACAAGUUCAUCCGCGAGGAGGAGCAGUGCACCUUCGAGCACCGCUACGUGAAGUCCAACGACACGCUGGGCUUCAUGCUGAUGCUGCUGGUCAUCGUGGGCACCACCCAUGUGGUUUACAUAAAGAUGCUGUGCUUCGUUUACGACCACCGCAAGAUGAAGCCGGCCCAGAUGGUCCCGGCCAUCAGCCAGAACUGGACCUUCCACGGGCCCGGGGCCACUGGGCAGGCCGCCGCCAACUGGAUCGCGGGCUUCGGGCGCGGACCCACGCCGCCCACGCUGGUGGGCAUCCGGCAGGCGUCGCACCCCGGCAACAGGAGGCUGCUGGUGCUGGACGAGUUUAAGACGGAGAAGCGCAUCGGGAAGAUGUACUACCUGAUCACGCUGUCCUUCCUCGUCCUGUGGGCUCCGUACAUCAGCGCCUGCUACCUGAGGAUACUGGUGCGGGGGGCCCCUGUCCCGGAGCUCCACCUGACCGCCGCCGUGUGGAUGAGCUUCGCCCAGGCGGGGGCCAACCCCAUCAUCAGCUUCAUGUUCAACAAGGAGCUCCGGAUGAGACUCAGAGCCUGCUUCUCCUGCUGCCUGGGCACGCAGACCCCCAUGGAGCCAUACUGUGUCAUAUGAGCCCCGCUCCUCAAAUGUAUACAGCCAAAGACAGAUUUAUACACUGUAAAAACUGCUGGGUUAUAAUAAUAUAAUCCGGAUUAUUUUGCUAAACGACUCCCUCAAACAGGGACUUCUUGGGUUGUUGUAACGCAACAUAGUUGGGUUAUUUGACCUUCAAACACGGAUAAAACAGGAUUCGACAUGGGGCGUAACGAUUUGUAAACCUUACAUUUAGGUAGAUUUUAAUCUGUAUUUCUGAGUAAAAUAUUCUGCAUGUAUAACAGCUAAAAGACAAAUAAAUUAGUCCGAUAAACAUGUUCUAACAAAUUUAGAAAAUUAGAUACACUUUAGAUACACAAUUUUGACUAAUUAAACUCACUUUGGUAAUCUGGCUUUUUCUCCAAAAUUUAAAAAAAAUAAACAUUAGUUUGAAAUUCUGGCAUAAAAUGUGAUGACAUGGUCAUAAACAAAGGAGUGUGACGAUGCCGGCUCACAUGACGUUACGAUAGGGUUCAUGUAAAGGAGAUUUGGGAACUUUAUGGUAAAACUAAGAACCUUUUUAGGAAUCUUUACAAAAUGUGUGUUAAAUAACCUGUGAUCAGUGGUCCAGCCCAGGUUUGACAUCCACACAUAUUUAAGUUUUUUUGUACGAAGCUUUGUUAUUUACUUUGAGGUUUUGUUGUUUGUCAAACCUUUGGGGGUCCCAGUGCUCUAAAUCAGGGGUUCCCAAACUCUUCAGCCUACAACCCCCCCCCCCCCCCC